AUGUCUUCGGACUCCUGGGCAGAGGAGUACGAGCAGGCAAAGCAGGCAGCAGGGGAAGUCCUGAACCUCAUCCAGGAACGGAAUCUAGAACACCCUGAUGGGGGCCCAGGAGCUUCCCGUCUCACAGCUACCGCGAGGCGAAAGCUCGGGAGCCUCGGAACAAAGUUGGACGCGCUGCGGUCCGGCAUCGAGGCUGCUCCCGACCUCACUGAGAACGAGCGGAACCGGCGCAGGGACCAGGUGGCGGCCCUGCGCAACAAGCGGGAGGGCAUGCUGACGAGUCUGCGGCGGGACGGGGGCCACAGCGCCGCCCGCGCCGCCCUCCUGUCCUCCCCCGCCGCCCCCUCAGGCCCCGCGGCCCCGGGCCGGGGCCGCGAGAGCGAGGCCACCGCCCCCCUCACCUCGGCUGGGCUGAUGGAGCUGCAGCGCGACGUGAUGAGCCAGCAGGACCGGGAGCUGGAGCAGCUGGAGAGGGGGGUGGCCUCAACCAAGCACGUGGCCCUGCGCAUUAACGAGGAGGCCACUCUGCACAACCGGCUGCUGGAGGGGCUGGAGGAGGAUGUGGACGUCUCCCGGUCGCGCCUGGCAGCCGCACAGCGCCGGCUCAAGGGCGUCAUGCACAGGGCCCGGUCCUGCAAAACGCAGCUGGUGAUCCUCCUCCUCCUCAUCGUGCUGGUGAUUGUGGUGGUCGUGGGUUUCAAGCUCGUCCUGAGCUGGUUCUGA